AUGCCUUUCUCUCUCUUCUCCCGCAAGAAACCCACUCGCCGGUUCAACGAAUUCUACGCCGACUGGUCCAAAACCCUAACCGAGAACUGCCUCCCUCUCCUCCGUCAAUCCCUCUCCUCCGCCGCUUCCGCCUCCGUCCUCUCCUCCAACGUAGACCACGUCCUCCGCCACUUAGUUCUCUACUACGAAACCCUAGAUCUCGCCGCCGAUCCCAACACCGUCCCUUACCUCCUCUUCCCUUCCUGGCGCAACUCCCUCGAGACUCCUUUCCUCUUCCUCGGCGAUAUCCAUCCUUACCUCCUCACUAACCUCCUCCGCUCUUUCAUCGAUCGAGAGAAUCAAGAUUCCGACGACGACGAAAAUUCUCUCCGCCUGAUUCAAGAUCAACCGUUGAAGAUCGCCACCGCGUGGAAAGACCCGUCGGACGAGCUGGUGACGAGGAUUGAUCAGAUCGAGUGUACGAUGAGGCUUAUGGUCCCUGUUCUGAUGGAUCGUAUGAGGAAAGCUCAGAGAAGCUUCGUGUCUCGUGUCUCGGAGAAUUGGGUCUCGUCGUACCAGGCGGGAAAGAAGAAGAAGACGGUUACGGCGGUUCCGGUUUCGGCGGCGUCGGUGGAUGAGGCGGCGAAGGUGGAGAUGGAGGAGCUUGUGAGUAUCUUUGUUGAUGCGAAUAGGUUGAGGAAGAGUGUGAUCAUGGACAUUGUUGGAGCUACGAGCGAGCAUCAGGGUGCUCUGUUUCUUGAAGGUUUGUGCCAGUUUCUUGUUGGGUUUAAAGAUCAGCUUCUUCUUCAAGAUUUCGAGGUCGUUGCACACAUGCACUGCCCAAUUGACUCGAGAUUGAUUCCUUAG